CCUUUUUCAGAUUUUUUUAUAUUAUCCAAACCUACUAAAAUAGUAUUAAUUAGUCAAAUCUUUCGCAAUGUAUCAAAAUAUUAGUAUUUUUUACGUUAUCAUUAAUAAUUUUAUAAUUUUUUUCUUAGUUAAAAUACUAAAAUUUUGGAAUGUUGACUUUCAUGUGUCUCUUCCAAGUCAGUAUCAUGUUGCCAAGUCAAUAUUCUCUCUCCUCUUUUGGGGCUCGCUGCUGGGGAGCUGGAUCGUUCGAUUCGCCUCCAUCGUCUUUGAAACCAGCUGGCGGAAUCAACAGGCUGACGUUCGGUGCAAGGAUUCGUCGCCGGAUGAAGCCCAGGCAACGGGAUGGCCGGCUUCUCCGAGUUAUGGAGACGGCGACUCUGUCGCGGACCACACGCCGGAGAAGGGUUUCAGAGGAUAGACGGGCGCGGGUCACGGCGGCGUUGCCUGAUGAAGAGAUCGUGGUUAUCGUCAAGUGCGGAGAUUGGGGACUCUGUGGAACAACCCCUUAAGAAACGACGGAGGUUACAGAAAAUUCAAUGGAGAUUCUAUCUCCCUCUUUCAUCGGAAAUGGAGGAAUCGGGUGUUGCCCUGUUCGCGGGGGAGAAGAUGCAAAACCCAGAAGAUGGAAUUGGGAUCCAAAUCUCUUCGGAGGAUCCAAUUCAAGUUUUCCCCUUCAGGGAGGGGAUUAGUCCCCAGGAACCAAUUUUUGGUAGAUCGAUUUGUAAAUCCCCCUUGAAGGGUGGGUUUUCUGCUGCUAGCAAUUUUGUUACUUUUAUGGGUUUUUUUUUUGUUUUUUUCAAAUUUUUGACGGACAAUUACCUCGUCCGAGUCGCUACUCGUUAUUCGAACGUACUCUCAAUAAUCGCGGCUCCAAAAUGUCCACGAUGAAGUUGAGAGCGAGGGAGGAUAAGUGUUUCCCCCCUUUCUUUAGUCAAAAUAGUGUUCUCUCUCUCUCUCUCUCUCUCUCUCUCUCUCUCUCAACUUGUAGAAGAACCCUUAAGCCUCUCUAUCUAGAACUCUCUCCAAUUUCAACUCACUCUCCUUUAUAUUAGCUUGCAAGUGCUCAUAUCACGGCCUCACUUUACGUCCGUGAAGUAUGCAAUGAAAGCAUGAAUUCAGCAAAAUGCAUUGCUUCAUUAACAUACUUCACAGUCUGGUUACUGACAUUGUGGUUGAGAGACCAUGAGAAUUACAACGCCCAUGACCUGUAUGAAGGCUCCUGGACGAUUGCAAACUUCACAGGUUGGCUGCUCGCAUCAUGGUUUAUAGACCGUGAUCCUCACAGUGCCCACGAGCUGCACAAACUCUCUCGGAAGUGUGUAGUUUUCACGGUUUGAGUGUUGAUGUCAAUGUUGCUGCCCGUGAUAAUCCCUGGCUGGUCCUGAUCCUUGUACUUUUUGUCCAUUUUGUUCCCUUUUCGCCCUCUUUUGUCCGACUUUCUAUCCCGGUGCCAAUUCUACCUGCUUAGAUCCGAAACAUGCCAAAACACGACCAAAGCUAACACAAAAUAGCUCGAAGGACGGCGCAAACCAAGUCAAACGACGCAAGUCAGGGGGUGUAAAAUUGUGUAAUCUAUCCCGAAUCAAUUAGUAAUUAGCAUCUUGCUAAGAAAUGGAGAAAUACCUCGGCAUCAUUAGAUCUUUUGAAUUGGGGGACGGAUACCACUGAGAAACAAAUAAGGCUUAGCGUAUCACUGAUGCCGAUUUUAUGCCCCCCCCUAAAAAAAUCCGUCUAGCUGCUUUUUAUCCUAAAAAAUUAAUAAAAUUAUAUUUAAAUA